AUGACCCACAACUACAAGUUUUUUCUGACGGUAUUUCUGUUUCUUACCUACAUUUUCACCGUCGCUGGAAAUCUAAUCAUGAUCCUCCUCGCACUCGUGGACGUUCACCUCAAAACACCCAUAUACUUUUUCCUUUGCAAUUUCUCCAUCUUAGAAAUAAUAUUUACAACUGUCUGUGUUCCUAGAUUCCUGUACAGCAUGACAACUGGGGACAAAAGUGUUACCUACAAUGCUUGUGUAGUCCAAUUAUUUUUUGUCAUCUUUGUCGGGGCAGCAGAAUUCUUUCUUCUAACUGUCAUGUCCUAUGACCACUACGUGGCCAUCUAUAAGCCUCUGCAGUACACCACCAUCAUGAACGACAGGGUGUGCACCAUAUUUGUCCUUGGCUGUUGGCUGACUGGGUUACUUGUCAUACUCCCACCACUUAGCCUGGGAGUUCAGCUAGAUUUCUGUAACUCCAAUCUCAUUGACCAUUUUGGCUGUGAUGCAUCUCCUCUUCUGAAGAUUGUAUGCUCAGACACGCAAUUUGUAGAACAAAUUGUUUUAACCAUGGCUGUGCUAACCCUCAUAUUCACACUAGUGUGUGUAAUUGUAUCCUAUGCAUACAUCAUCAAGACCAUCUUAAGACUGCCCUCUGCUCAGCAAAGAAAAAAGGCUUUCUCUACUUGUUCUUCCCAUAUGAUUGUAGUUUCCCUCAGCUAUGGAAGUUUCAUCUUCAUCUAUAUCAAACCAGCAAAGGAAGGAGUGGCCCUUAAUAAGGUGGUAUCAUUGCUCAACACCUCAUUUAUCCCUUUGAUGAACCUUUUCAUUUACACUCUACGAAACAAGCAAGUCAAACAAGUCUUCAAGGACUCAAUAAAAAAGAUUGCAUUUCUUUCAGAGCAUUAG